AUGGCUAUUCCUCUCGAGAAGGGCGCAAAGUCUAGCGGCACUGCAAACAUCAUGACCGUCUUCGGAAAGGAAGGCGUCACCGAGCACAAGGUCGAAGACAUUACCAAGGAGAUCGCUAUCCUCGGAAAGCAUCUUCAAGAUCGUGGUGCUAAGAGAGUGGCCAUCUACCUCCCCAACAGUCUCGAGUUCCUCUCCGCACUCUUUGCUGGUGCUUUCUUCGACUUCACGCCCAUCUUGAUCCCAUACAACCAACCACACGAAACCCUUGCCGAACUCCUCCUUCAAACGAAAGCCGAUGCCCUCAUUGCCGAGGCAGGCUCUGUGCCUCUUGCCGAACUCAGUCAGGGCGUGUCCGGCCUGCGCUCCAUCGUCUGGACUGUAGAGAAGACAAGCAGGCACAUGGACUGGAGCGAGGUACCCGAAGGCAUCGGCGGAAAGAUCGAUGUUGCUGUUUGGCAUGAGCUCGUACAGGAACAGAAGAAUGCCACUAUACCGCUGCCGUCGAAUCCCGGCAAGCCUCGAGAUGUUGUCUUCCUCUGGCAAGAGGCCGUUGGAAAGCCGGCCGAGGUCGUCGAAUUCACGCAACAGGUAAGUAAGAUCAUCAUGUUGACAUAUGCACGUACUGAUAGGAACAGAAUCUGA